CCCCAGUGAGGGGUGGGGAUGGGAGUGAAGGGUGUGGAGGAGACUGACUGUGGUUAGGAGCCCCCCAGUGAGGGGUGGGGAUGGGAGUGAAGGGUGUGGAGGAGACUGACUGUGGUUAGGAGCCCCCCAGUGCAGGCAAGGGAUGAGGAUGACAGGUGUGGAGAAGACCGUGGUUAGGAGCUGCCCCAGUGUAUUGAGGAGAUGGGGGCGAGGGAUGCAGAGAAAAUUGUGGUUUUGAUCUGCCCCAGAGAGGGAAGGCAUGGGGAGUGAGUGAACCAGAAAAGACUGUGAUUAAGAGCUGCCCCAGAGUGGGGAGGAGAUGAGUGUGAGGGAUGUAGAGAAGACUGUGGCUAUGAACCACUUCUGUGUGGGGAGAAGAUGGGGUGAGGAUCAGAGAGAGACAAGACUUUUGUCAGGAGCUGCUUCUUUAAGAGGAAGUGUUGGAGGGAAGAAACCGGUGAUAAGUUAUACCAAUGGAGGGAUUGGUUGGGGUGGUGCAGAGAAAAUCAUGUUGAGGCGCCACCUCACUGAGGGCAUGGGAAAGGGCACAGAAAAGAUUGAUGGUGGACAGGACAGCAAUGGGGGCAUAGAAGAUCUUGAUUUGGAGCCACCCUCAAGUGUGUGUUGAGGAAGCCAGGCCCUGGAUUGGAGGAUGGAGGAGAAAGAGGGGCACUUGGUUAGGAACUAUCCCAGUACUGAGAGGGGUGGGUGCAGAAAAGGCCUUGAUGAGGAGCCAUUCCAGACCUUUGGGGAGUUGAGUGGACCUUGAUCAGGACGGAGUCACAUUUGGGGAUGGGGGUUGUGGGAGAUGAGAAGACUUCGGUUAGCAGCACCCUCCCCCUGCCCCCUGUGCUUUGUGAAGGUGUGGGGGAAGAUCAGACCUUGGUUAACAACUCUUUUCCACCUGUGCCCUAAAGAGGGUUGAGAGACAAAAGAAGCCACCACAGUGCUGUUGGGCGUGGGGAGGGGACAAAGAAGUGAUUUCUUCUGGAAGUGGAUUGUGGGGUGGGGAGAAAAAUGAUGUGUAGAGGGAGAAAACACUUGUUAGUGUUGCCCCAAAUACUGUGAAGAGGUAGGAGGAUGGGAAGGAGAAGACCUUGGUUAGCUGCCACCCCAGAGCUGCUGGCAUGAGGGGGCAGUUAUGACGUUAAUCGGCAGCCACCCUGACUGUAGGGAGUGGAGACAGAGAAGACCUUGGUUAGCAGUCACCCCACUGCUGCGGCCGAGUCUGUCUUGUGCAGCAAGAGAGAUCCUAUGAGGAUUUUUAUUGCAGUCUCUUUGUUAGCUACAGACACACAGCUCACAGCUUUCAGCCAGGUUGUGGGAGAUUUGCUGCCAAACAAAUACAUGACCAUGGGGGAUAUGAAGACCCCCGACUUUGACGACCUUCUUGCAGCCUUUGACAUCCCAGACAUGGUUGAUCCUAAAGCAGCUAUUGAGUCCGGACAUGAUGAGCAUGAAAACCACAUAAAACAGAAUGCUCAUACAGAUGAAGAUUCUCAUGUGCCAUCAUCCUCAGAUGUUGGUGUGAGCGUCAUUGUGAAAAAUGUACGUAAUAUUGAUUCUUCUGAAGGAGUGGAUAAGGAUGGCCACCAUUCCACAGGCAAUGGCUUACAUAAUGGUUUUCUAACAGCAUCUGCUCUUGAAAGUUUUGGUAAAGAUGAAGGGAAGUGUCUGAAAGAGGAGGGGUCAACCUCUGAGACUACUCUGAAAGACUCAGCUUUCAACCAGUUUAGCCCAAUCUCAAGUGCUGAAGAAUUUGAUGAUGAUGAAAAAAUAGAGGUGGAUGAUCCUCCAGAUAAAGAAGAGAUGCGUGCAAAUUUCAGAGCAAAUGUGUUAACAGGAUCAGUUUCUCAGCAGGAAUAUGACAAACUAAAGAUGCUUGGAGGGGAAAACUUGAUUAAACCUGGAAUUCCAGCUUCAAGUAAUGUAGAUAAAAACAAAGGUGUUAAAAGAGAAACAGAAACAAACUCUGUGAAUUUAAGUGUCUACGAACCAUUCAAAGCCCGAAAAAUAGAGGACAAAUUGCUAAAAGACAAUUCUGAAAACAGGGUACUUGAUGGAAAACUAGGUACUGAAAAAGGUGAAACAAACCUUGCCAGCAUUUCACAGUCCAAAGCAAAGUCAUCAGCAAAGCUUUCUUCAUGCAUUGCUGCAAUUGCAGCACUGAGUGCUAAAAAAGCAGCUACAGAUACCGGUAACGAAUUACAGUCUACUUCAAGAGAAUCUUCUCCAUUACCAAAAGACAUGAAUGAAAGUCCCCGGGCUGUUGAGAAAUCACCUGAAUCUCAGAGUCUUAUUGAUGGUGCUAAAAAACCAUCUAUAAAACAACCCGAUAGUCCCCGAAGUGUAUCAAGUGAAAACAGCAGCAAAGGGUCUCCAUCUUCUCCUGCAGGGUCAACGCCAGCCAUUCCAAAAGUUCGCAUAAAAACCAUCAAGACGUCCUCUGGGGAAAUCAAGAGAACAGUUACAAGGGUGUUGCCAGAAGUUGAUUUGGACUCUGGUAAAAAGCCAGAGCAAACUGCUUCCAUGGUAGCUUCCAUGACAUCUCUGCUAUCUUCUCCAACUUCUGCUGCUGUUCUUUCUUCUCCUCCUAGGACACCUCUCCAGUCAGCAGUUGUCACCAAUGCAGUUGCAUCUGCAGAACUUGCACCAAAACAGGUCACUAUUAAACCUGUGGCUACUGCCUUUCUCCCAGUUUCAGCAGUUAAAACAGCAGGAUCACAAGUUAUUAAUCUGAAGCUUGCUAACAAUACUACGGUGAAAGCCACUGUAAUAUCUGCUGCUUCUGUGCAAAGUGCCAGUAGUGCCAUUAUUAAAGCCGCUAAUGCUAUACAGCAGCAGACUGUUGUGGUGCCAGCAUCAAGCCUUGCCAGUGCUAAACUUGUGCCAAAGACAGUCCAUCUUGCCAACCUUAAUCUUCUGCCUCAAGGUGCUCAAACCACCUCUGAACUCCGCCAAGUGCUAACAAAACCUCAGCAACAAAUAAAGCAGGCAAUAAUUUCUGCAGCAGCCUCACAGCCUUCUAAAAAAGUGUCGCGAGUCCAGGUGGUAUCAUCUCUGCAGAGUUCUGUAGUGGAAGCAUUCAAUAAGGUGCUGAGUAGUGUUAAUCCCGUCCCAGUUUAUGUCCCAAACCUCAGUCCUCCUGCCAAUGCAGGUAUAACAUUACCAACACGUGGUUACAAGUGUUUGGAAUGUGGUGAUUCAUUUGCUCUCGAAAAGAGUCUGACACAGCAUUAUGAUAGGAGGAGUGUGCGAAUUGAAGUGACAUGUAACCAUUGUACAAAAAAUUUAGUUUUCUACAAUAAAUGCAGUCUUCUUUCCCAUGCUCGUGGACAUAAGGAAAAAGGAGUUGUAAUGCAGUGCUCCCAUUUGAUUUUAAAACCAGUCCCAGCAGAUCAAAUGAUAGCGUCUCCUUCAAGCAAUACUGCUGCAUCUUCUACUCUUCAAAGCCCAAUGGGAGUUGGCACACAUACUGUAACCAAGAUACAGUCUGGCAUAACUGGAACAGUAAUAUCAGCCCCAGCAAGUACACCUAUCAUUCCAGCUAUGCCUCUAGAUGAAGACCCAUCAAAACUCUGUAGACAUAGUCUAAAGUGUUUGGAGUGCAAUGAAGUUUUCCAAGAUGAGACAUCUCUUGCUACACAUUUCCAGCAGGCUGCAGACACAAGUGGACAAAAGACUUGCAAUAUCUGCCAGAUGCUGCUUCCUAACCAGUGCAGUUUUGCAUCACACCAGAGAAUUCAUCAGCAUAAAUCUCCAUAUACGUGUCCUGAAUGUGGAGCAAUCUGCAGAUCGGUCCACUUCCAGACCCACGUCACUAAGAACUGCCUACAUUACACACGAAGAGUUGGUUUUCGCUGUGUACAUUGCAAUGUUGUGUACUCUGAUGUGGCUGCACUCAAGUCUCACAUUCAAGGUUCUCACUGUGAAGUCUUCUACAAAUGUCCUAUCUGUCCCAUGGCAUUUAAAUCUGCACCCAGCACACAUUCUCAUGCCUAUACACAACACCCUGGUAUCAAGAUAGGAGAACCAAAAAUAAUAUAUAAAUGUUCCAUGUGUGACACCGUGUUUACCCUGCAACCCUUGCUGUAUCGCCACUUUGAUCAACACAUUGAAAACCAGAAGGUGUCUGUUUUCAAGUGUCCGGACUGUUCUCUUUUAUAUGCACAGAAGCAACUUAUGAUGGAUCAUAUCAAGUCUAUGCAUGGAACGUUGAAAAGUGUUGAGGGGCCACCAAACUUGGGUAUAAAUUUGCUCCUGAGCACUAAACCCACAACUCAAAACUCAGCCAGUCACAACAAAGAGGAUACAAAAUCCGUCAACGGAACAGAAAAGCUGGAGAAGAAAUCUCCCUCUCCUGUAAAGAAAGCAGAGCCCAAAAAAGUAACCAACCCUGGCUGGACGUGCUGGGAAUGCGAUCGACUCUUCACUCAGAGAGAUGUGUACAUAUCCCACAUGAGGAAAGAGCAUGGAAAGAAACGUGUACAAGGGAUUUAUACCCUGAAGAAGCAUGCUACUUAAGAAACAUAAGAACAGCCAUACUGGGUCUGACCAAUGGUCCAUCUAGCCCAGUAUCCUGUCUUCCAACAGUGGCCAAUGCCAGCUGCUUCAGGCGGAAUGACCAGAACAGGGCAAUUAUGGAGUGCUUACCUGUAAGAAUGUGAGUAGUCCCAUAAGCUUCAGUGGGGCUCCUUACAUGCUUAAAGUUAGGCACAUAUUUAAAUAUCUUGCUGAACAGAGUCUUAAUCCCUCAAAUGGGACUAAUAAUUUUGCAAUAUCACAGGAGAAAAUGGUUUAAAAUUUUUUUCAACUGGCCUAAGGAGUCACAAUUUUAAAAAUUAAAUAUAAAAUGGAAGUUGGGGUCAGACAGGACUGUGUCUGUAAAAACUUCUAAUUUAGGAUUAACCCCAUUUGAUAUAUUUUCCCCAUUAUCUGUCAGAGGUCCUGCAGUCAUUCCUAAGCAGUGUAACCAUUAGGGAGGAUGUGCACACCAGCUGACGAUCUGGCAUUCGAAACUGUAGAGAUGAAAUAACUGUCCCUAAAAUCGUCUUCAGUUCCUCUUAUUUCUGGCAGCACAAGCAAUCGGAAACAUUCCCUUUUGUCCUCAGCCUGUUGUAAAGUUAGGAUUUAGGGUUGUUUGGGGAUUUUAAGUUAGGUUGGGCAGAUCUGGAGAGGUGCUCUACAUUCAAGACAUGUACCUCCUGUGACAUUGAAAUGCCCAUAUGAGAUCAAGGGUUUGAGAGUUGUUUAAGAAUUGGUAUUUAUGUAGGGGCUAUUUGGCUGCAGGGGAUAGGAAUGAAUGGAGCCAGAACUUAAUGUCAUCCUCCUGGAAAAGUCCUUGCUGCUCAUUGCUUUGAAGCUGAUGGAUAGGAAUAGAUGGAUUCACCUCUGGAGCCCAGUUCCCAAGCAUUGAUCUAAGAACUCGGAUCAGAAGUCCCAAAUGGAAUACUGGGAGAUUCUGAUUUACCUGGCCAGUGCCCAUGAGAAAAAGAGGAAGGAGAGGAAGUUUGAGUCACUCUGGAGGAAAAGCAUGGUCUCUGUCAUAAAAGGAAGAAAUGAUCCUAGAUAUCAGAUAUUUCUUCUUCUAGGCACAAGGCAGACUCUGGAUCAGACUGUGUCUCAGUGCCAUCCUCUCACUUGAACCUGAAUGGCAAGUAUAAGCAAUCCUCAAAUCAGAGCACUUCAGCUCAGUGUCUGAGUGAUCUGGAUUUCCUUCUAUGGGCUCAGUGCUCCUAUCUAGGGUCCAACCCAGUUCUUUCAGAUCUGUUGCAUAUUCAGACCCAGAGAGUCCUUGGAUCUAAGAGUCUCCUAGUUGGGAGGGGAUAGUCUGAGUGAACCAGGAGCCUGGUUCUAAUUAGCUCAGUUGAAGGCUCAUCUAAGUCAAAGUGAUCUACAUUAGAUCUGUCAGCAUCCUUUUGGCUUUUUCUUUCAAUCCUCUGUUCCACUGGGGGACUGACUUAUCAAUUUCUGUUUAAGCUGUCAAUAAAAUUAAAUUAUGGCUGCGAAGAUAAACUUCUAAUUGUAAACCUUCUAGUUUUCUGAGUGAGCAGUGUCUUUCCUGCAAGCUCAAGAUGAUAGACCUGCUGUUUAAGGGACUGACUUGCUGAGUUCUUGGAUUGGUGAUAUGCUAAAUCAGUUAUAGGGGACAUUAACAAUGGCUUGUUCUUUGAGCUUUUGCAGCCCAUAAGUAGGAAGAAGUGUUCUUCGGAUACUAGAGACCCUCUGGCCAUUCUCACUAGGAGUACCAUCACUACAGAUGAUUCCAUUAAUCUUUUCUCUUUUAGAGAAACACAACACAAUAGAGGGCUUUUAUGCUGGCACCUGCAGCUGCGUCUAUUUCAAGCAAGUACAAUUUUGAAAAAAAUCUCCUGAGAGCUCAGAAUGAACUGACAUAAAUUGUUCUGCUUCUUUCCUUUCUUUUUGGGAUUGUUUUUCCCACCUCCUUCCACAUGGUAGUCUAUAAUAUAAAACCAUUAGAUCCUCGAAAUUAUGAAGAAGGCUUAUGUCCUACAAUGGAAUGCCAUGCUAUACCCCAUCUUUCCGCAUGCCUUUUCAGGGAUCUUUCCUGUGAGUUGAUGUUGUGACAUGAAAUCACCGUGCAUCAAAUUUGGCAGAGCAGUGCUUCAGUCUAUUUUCAAUUAGGUAUCCCUCAUCCUUCCUCCUGCAGUUGUCUUUGCUGCUUCCAGAGUGAAGAUCUGCAGAUGCAAUUUGGCAGUGGAGAAGGGGUUAUUUAAAAGUAACUGGAGUUAUCUGAACAUUGCCUAUGUAAAUUCAAACUGAUCCUCCCUUUUCCCCCUCUCUCUUUGGUGGCAGAGAAGAAUUGAAAAGGGGGCAAGGGCAUCUCUUUUUUAAUUACAAUUUACAGUAAUAGGUAGGUGUGUGCAUGCCUCUUAAUGGUCACACAGUUUAGAAAUUGUUCUGGGACCAGUGACUCCUAAAGUGUCCUCAAAGAAUAAAAGAUCUUGGUAAGUAACCUUACUUUGUUAUUUUUAAAAGAUUGAAAAUGUCUGCUGCCUUUGAUUACCUUGCUAGUUAAUAUUUUAUUCUUUUUCCCUUCU